AUGCCUCAAGCUCAGCCAGAAUUGAAGAAGUACAUGGAGAAGCGGGUCUUCUGCCAACUUAACGGCAACCGCAAGGUCAUUGGUAUUCUCCGUGGCUACGAUGUGUUCAUGAACAUCGUCCUGGAUGAGGCAUAUGAAGAGAAGGAGGGCGGAGAGAAGGUUGCCAUUGGCAUGAUCGUGAUUCGCGGUAACUCAGUAGUGAUGAUCGAGGCUCUCGAGCGCAUUGACAAAUGA